CAUAUCAAAAUCUCAACAUCAAUCCCAGUAGCUGCGCCUAUGGCAGCUUUGACGAAUUUUCUCCAGAAACAAAAGAAACAGCAUGAACCGAAGUGGAAAGUCGAGAUGAAUCAGCGGAGCAUUGGGGGAUGCAACCGUCGAUGAAGUCCUAUCUGCGCGGUUCCGAAACAAUUCUUGUAUGAUAGACCCUCUAGAUGACAGAUGCAAUAACAUUGCGUCUUUGAAUUGUUGGCACAAGAGGCGCUACAGGAUCCUUGUCGACACCGGUCGAAGUCUAGAGUCGUAGAUCCGUAAGGUCAUAUUUGUAUCGUAUUUCGCCGAGGUUGCUUCCGGGUCAACUCGCUCGUUGCUCGUUGUAAAUACAACUCGACCGUAACAUCAACAACAGGUUCACAGGCGUGGGCGACUAUCAUUUGCAUCGUUUCUUGGGCAAUAUCGUGGAACGACUAUAUCAUCACCAUGCCAUCGGUAUCAAGCACAGGGGAUGCCCCCUUCAUGCCUAGGUCGGCAAGCGUAUCGGGAACCAGGCCGAUUUCGCAACUAGCCAGACAUGGGAAAUACGUCGCGAUCGGGACUGCAGGCGUAUGGUACUGUGAUGCUCUGAACCUCGUUCGGGAAGCUAUGGACGCCGAGUCUGAUGGGUCGUGGCUGAACAAGAAGGGGACCGCCAGUCAUAGAGGAAGGAAGACCAUGACGCUCUCUCUACUACUGCAGGGUGUCACUGUGGCAAUAUUUCUCUACCUCGUUGUCUUCUUGCCAUGGCUUCGGGGAUACAUGCCAAAUUACCCUCUGUGGCAGCGAUCGAAACGUCUACGGUUGAUCGUUCCGGCAAGUCGGGUUCUGGCUCGAAAUAACGGCCACCUCGUCGCUCACCUCGCUUUGCGAUUGCAGGUUCUGACGUUUAGCAUCUUGGUUGGCUGGCUGUCUUGCGUACGGGCUCUGAAAGCAGGUGCAGGUGUAGGCCUCUUCAAAGCGAUGACCGCUGCGACUUCCUUCCACCUCUUGAUAUUCGGAUGUAUCGGCUUGAUCCCAACCCCAAUGGUACCGCUUCCGAAUGUGGUACCCUCUCGCAACGACAUCGACCCCAAGACCAAGUAGAGGAUAGCAUCAUCGGUUCCCCAUACAACACAUCGCGCCGCCAUUUUUGUACAUUCACGUGUGCCGAGGUACAACCAUCAACAUGACAUAUAAUUCA